AAAACUCCGCCCAUUUUUCCAGCAAUGAUUGCACUUUUCCUUUCCUCGGAAGCCCAAACGGAUACAUUGACCGACAAUGAUAUCGCGUCCGAAAAGGUUUGUGUGAAAACGCGAGUGGACCACUAUUACAAAUCGAUUUGGUGGGACUUUAAAAGAUUGUUUUUCUUUUCAAACUGAGGAUGUUUGUGAAAAGUUUACUUUUAUUCGUAGCAAUUUGCUUCUUGGUUGAAGUUGAAUCUCGAACACAAACAGGCAAACUCUUGCCGCCAAGCAACUUGACCCUUCGGUGGCAGAGCGACUUUGAGCCCCAGCUGUGGUGGCGACACGAGCAUUUACCGCCAAACUGUGCAUACAAAGUGUUUAAGUGGACAACGGAGCAAAACAGUGAGGAAGAGAGUAUCCGUCAAACUCCCCCUUCAGUCUACAACCUCGCAAUGGAGGGGGGCUCCCUGUUUUUCUCUGUCCAGACCUCCUGUCACCACGCAGAUAGCGAGCCCAUCUUCCUCAAUGUUACAUAUCCAGAGCUGGUUCGUAAUGUGCAAUGCAGCAUCACCUCCUCGACGCUGACUCAGUGUUCCUGGGUGCUGCUGGGCUCUCCCCCAGAUUUCGCCUUCUAUUAUUUGUUAGUGAAUGAGGUGGACGACGUGCCCUCCGGUGUCAUGUCCUUGUCAGAGUGCCCGCGGUACACCGUCACCGAGGGCGUGAGAACGGGUUGCCAUCUGCAGUCCAAAACCUACGAGUCCAUCCACAUAUUGUUUAACGCCACCCUUAAAAAGGGCCUCGUCAGGAACACUUUUGAGAAGAAGCCUGUGCAAGUGACGCCGCCUCCUCUAAAGUGGAACGUUAGCAAGGUCGCAGGCAAAUUCAACCUGAGCUGGGAUCCACCUGAUGUCUUAGGUCUGGCUUGGUGGACGUUCAUCAUAAAUUACACCGAGUGUGGUAAAGAAAAGAUUCAAAUGGUCGAGGGAGAGACGUGGAAACUAAUGAGCCGGGUAUCUCACUGCCCGUACCGUAUGACCCUUAAAGCACAAAGCGAUCGCGGAGACUCUGAAUGGAGUGAGGUCAAAUAUUUUGACAAAGAAUCAAAUGCCUCGUUGUACGCGGCCAUCAUCAUCCCCCUCCUGUGUGCCAUCCUGGUGACCCUGACGUGUGUGUGCUGCAGAAGGAAUCAGGAGCGCAUCUUCAACAAGGUGCCAGAACCUCGGGAUCUCCUCAGCGAUAUUCGUAACAACACCAAGAAUGAGAGAAUUUUCAACCCUUAUUUUCCGGAAAAGGAGGAAGAGGUGUGCCAAAUCAGUGUGGUGAAGGAUCAACAGCAACAUCCACACACAACACAUUCACAUCUUAUCAAUUAAAUUGAGUUGCAUUUCAAUAUUUUGAAUAUGAAUCGACAUGAAUUAUUUUUACUUUAGUCUGUAUUUAAUUUAUACGGGUUUUUUAUUUUUAUUGACGCUUUUUUAUGGUUCUAUAUUAUUUUUGUCUUGAAAUGACCAAAACAAAACAAAAAACGCCAACGUGAUGCAUUUCUGGGAGGUUUUAACGGCGUUAUGGUGCCCUCCAGUGGCUGUUUGCAGUACUACAAAUAUGGCCGCCCAUGUUGGUCCUGAUGCUGCACGGGUGGAGAAAUAACGCUUGGCGAUGCUUCAGAUUGCGCUUGCGUACAAAUUGGGACUGUGUGUCAUUACUUCGACGCAGUCUCUGUGGCGCAAUGGAAUAGCGCGCUGGACUUCUAAUCCAGAGGCUCCGGGUUCGAGUCCCGGCAGAGAUGGGUCGCUGGCAACCUCCUUGAAUGUGGAUCGCUGGUUGUUUUGCUGAGGCUGCCAUCUUUUGGUGAUUUGCUGGACAGGGAGCAUGUUUGCAUUUGUUCUGCUGCCGUGAUAGACACACUUCGGUACGUGUUUUUUUAAAAAUUGUUACUGUCAUUUUUCAUCGGCACAUCAAGCAAUUGAAAAAUGGCACAAUGGCUCAAAAGAGUAAAAUUCAAUAAAAGGAUGCUUUGUC